AUGACUGGUCAAGAAGAGGCUACUUCAGAUGUGUCCAUCACGCGUGUUGUUGCAUCAGGACCCCUGAACUCAGGAGAUAAACCUGCCACUCAAAUUAUCUGGCCCCAACUCCGAUCAUCUGUCGACGGUCUUUGUUCUGGUGAGUGCAGAUCCCUAGACAAGCGCCAUGCCAAGACGACGGACGACGAGGACGCGUUGAUACAGACACACUAUAUGCAACCUACGGCCGACCCGCGUCAAAUCCGUCAACGCAAGUUGACUGCGCCGCACCUUCCAACUGACUAUCUCGCUGAGAAUGACUAG